UUCUCUCCCACCUUAUCCACCCCUCUCAAAGUCCCCUAAAAGGCUAAAACCCUCUGCUUUCACAUCGCACAGAAACCCCUCCAAAUCCAAUGCCACACCUGGAGAUUCAAGCUUCUUAAUGCUCAGCUCGCCACCUUACACACUCUCAUCCCCUACUCAAUGGAACUUUCCUCUUCCUUCAUACACCUUCCAACGCCCAACAAUUGCGCUUCCUCAUCCUCCUUCUCUCCCUUCCCCAUCCAAACCCACACAAAACUUCACAAAUUCACCAAACCCAGGUGGCGAAAGCUCCGUAUCUCCGCGGUAGCCGUAGACCCACAACAAGAACUCCCCAAGAACAGCCCACAGAGACUCCUGAAGGAGCUCGCGGAGCGCAAAAGAGCCACUGCUCCGAAGAAGAAGGUCCCCCCUAAGAGGUUUAUUCUGAGGCCUCCAUUGGACGACAAGAGGCUAACCCAGAGGUUCCUCAACAGCCCCCAGUUAUCGUUGAAGUCGUUCCCUUUGUUGAGCUCUUGCCUUCCCUCCUCGCGUCUCAACAAUGCCGACCAGACCUGGAUGGACGAGUACCUGCUCGAGGUCAAGCAGGCUCUGGGUUACCCUUUGGAGCCCUCGGACGAGCGGUUCGGGGAUGACAACCCGGCCAAGCAGUUCGACACGUUGUUGUACCUGGCAUUUCAGCACCCCGCGUGCGAGAGGAACAAGGCGCGGCACGUGCGGUCGGGGCACACGAGGUUGAUGUUCUUGGGGCAGUACGUACUUGAGAUGGCGUUUGCGGAGUACUUCUUGCAGAGGUAUCCGAGGGAGUCGCCGGCUCCGAUGAGAGAGAGGGUGUACGGGUUGAUUGGGAAGAGGAACCUGCCUAGGUGGAUCAAAGCUGCGAGCUUGCAGAACUUGGUGUUUCCGUACGAUGAUAUGGAUAAGUUAAAGAGGAAGGAGCGCGAGCCGCCCGCCAAGUCUGUGUUCUGGGCUUUGUUUGGGGCAAUAUAUCUGUGUUUUGGUAUGCCAGAAGUAUAUCGUGUUCUUUUUGAAGUGUUUGGCAUGGACCCAGAAGAUGAGGACUGCCAGCCAAACUUAAGAAGACAACUUGAAGAUGUAGAUUAUGUCUCUGUUGAAUUUGAAGGCAAAAAGCUCAGCUGGCAAGAUGUUGCAGCCUAUAAGCCUCCAGAAGAUGCUCUUUUUGCACACCCAAGGCUCUUCAGGGCUUGUGUUCCACCAGGCAUGCACCGGUUCAGAGGCAAUGUAUGGGAUUAUGAGAGCAGACCCCAAGUCAUGCAAGCAUUGGGAUACCCCUUAGCAAUGAUGGAUAGAAUCCCAGACAUUACUAAAGCCAGGAACAUUGAACUUGGACUUGGGCUACAGCUUUGUUUUCUGCAUCCCUCAAAGCACAAGUUUGAGCAUCCUCGCUUUUGCUAUGAGCGAUUAGAAUAUGUUGGGCAAAAGAUCCAGGAUCUUGUGAUGGCUGAGAAGUUGUUGAUGAAGCAUUUAGAUGCCCCUGGAAUGUGGCUACAAGAGAGGCAUCGGCGUCUUCUUAUGAACAAGUUCUGUGGGAGGUAUUUGAGGGACAAGCGUCUCCAUCGCUUUAUCAUCUACUCUGAACAAGUUCAAGAUGCAUAUGAGUACAAUCGAAGACUAAGGAACCCAUCUACAACUGCUGUUCAACAAGCCCUUCAUGGGCUCUCAUACACUGUUUAUGGGAAGCCAGAUGUAAGACGUCUCAUGUUUGAGGUUUUUGAUUUUGAGCAAAUCCAACCUAAACCUGUGUGAAGAUCAAAGAGAAAGAGAACAAUAUGAAUCCAAUGUAACACAAGAGUGAAAGCAUUUUAUGAGAGCUAUACUUGCUUCCACCAGCUUGUACUAGAUCCAGUUCGAAUUCAUCUCAAAGGGGCUAAUGUAUAGAUUUUUGAUAAGGUAAGUUGAUGAGAUUUCAUUCAUCAAAACUUCCAAGAUCAUUUCUUAUGGUAAAAAGAAUCUGAGGGCUGUGAAGCCAUUGAUACACUGAUGCAUGAUACUGUUACUAGAGAAGACA